CAAAAUCGUACACGUACGCUUUUUUGUUUACCUGGCCAAAUCAUGAAUUUUUGAUUUUAAAAGGAGCCGUAAAUUUGCAAAUAAACUCGGAAAUAGUUGCUAGAAAGUGUUUUAAUUUAUUACUUUUCCUUGCCAAUAAGCUAACAGCAAAAUGACGAACGUAGAACAGCCCUGUUACACCCUAAUCAACGUGUCUUCCGAUACAGAGCCCUACAAUGAAAUGCAUCUAAAAAGUGAUUUAGAAAAAGGUGACACAGACCAAAAAAUAGAAGCCCUCAAAAAGACUAUUCGCAUGAUACUAGCAGGAGAACGCCUACCGCCAGGUUUCCUGAUGAUAAUUAUUCGUUACGUACUUCCUUUACAAGACCAUACCGCCAAAAAAUUACUACUAAUUUUUUGGGAAAUUGUUCCUAAAACAACACCAGAUGGUAAACUUUUACAAGAAAUGAUUCUGGUUUGCGAUGCUUACAGAAAAGAUUUGCAACAUCCAAACGAAUUUUUGAGAGGGUCAACUCUGAGGUUUUUGUGUAAACUUAAGGAACCUGAAUUACUGGAACCACUUAUGCCAUCAAUCAGAGCUUGUUUGGAGCACAGACACAGCUAUGUCAGAAGAAAUGCUGUUUUAGCAAUAUUUACUAUUUAUCGCAAUUUUGAAUUUCUAAUUCCUGACGCUCCAGAACUUAUUUCAAAUUACUUAGAUAGCGAACAAGAUAUGUCGUGCAAAAGGAACGCCUUUUUAAUGUUGCUACAUGCUGAUCAAGACAGAGCUUUAUCUUAUUUGAGCUCUUGCUUAGAUCAAGUUACUUCUUUUGGAGAUAUUUUACAACUGGUUAUUGUAGAACUGAUUUAUAAGGUUUGUCAUACCAACCCAUCAGAAAGAUCCAGAUUCAUCCGUUGCAUAUACAAUUUGCUAAACUCUAGUAGUGCCGCAGUAAGAUAUGAAGCUGCAGGCACUCUUAUUACAUUAUCUAGUGCCCCUACUGCUAUCAGAGCGGCGGCUUCUUGUUACAUUGAUUUAAUUGUCAAGGAGAGCGACAAUAAUGUUAAACUAAUUGUUUUGGAUAAGUUGGUUGCCCUUGGCGAACAUCCAACCUAUAACAGGGUUUUGCAGGAUCUCGUUAUGGAUAUACUAAGAGUUUUGAGUAGUCCUGAUUUAGAAGUGAGAAGGAAAACUUUAAAUUUAGCCAUGGAACUAGUGAAUUCUAGAAAUAUUGAGGAAACUGUUUUGUUUUUGAAAAAAGAAGUUUCAAAAACUUUAGAUUCUGAACAUGAAGAUACAGGCAAAUAUAGGCAACUUCUUGUAAGAACUUUGCAUUCCUGCUGUAUUAAAUUUCCUGAUGUUGCUGCCACAGUGAUUCCAGUUUUGGUGGAAUUUUUGUCUGAUACCAAUGAGUUAGCUGCUGCUGAUGUUUUGGUGUUUAUCAGAGAAGCUAUACAGAAAUUUGAAAAUUUGCGAGCACUUAUUAUUGAGAAACUUCUUGAUUCAUUUAAGGAUAUUAAAUCUGUCAAAGUACAUAGAGCCGCCUUGUGGAUUUUGGGUGAAUAUGCCACAUCUGUUCCUGAUAUUGAAGCAGUUAUAAAAGAGAUAACACUUACUCUAGGAGAAGGCUCACUAGUUGCAGCAGAAAAUCGCCUUAACCAAGGAGAUGUUGCGGAAAAUAAACCAGAAGGAGCAAGCAGUAGUGGCCCUGUUGUUACUACUCUAGUAACUUCAGAUGGCACAUACGCUACUCAAUCUGCAUUCAAUUCUGUCCAAAAGUCCACAAAAGAAAAACGUCCACCUAUUCGCCAAUAUAUGAUCGAUGGGGAUUUCUUUAUUGGGGCUUCUUUAGCUUCAACAAUAACUAAAAUAGCUUUAAGAUAUGGCAACCUUGUGACACCUGAAAAACGUAACCGAUUUGAUGCUGAAAUUAUGCUUAUUAUGAGCGGCGUUAUUCAUUUGGGACAAUCAGGUCUACCAACAAAACCAAUCACCAACGACGACCGCGAUCAUAUUUUAUUUUGUCUCAGAGUUUUAUCUGACAGGUCACCAAUCAUUAUUGAAAUAUUUACUGAAUAUUGCAGAAAGGCACUUAACGAUAUGCUGUUGGCCAAGGAAUUAGAGGAAGCUAGCAACCAGAAAGCUAAAGAAAAAAAAGGCACUAAAAUCCAUACAGACGAUCCAAUCAAUUUCUUGCAACUUGAAACAGACAAAGGUGGAGAAUUGGGAGAAAAUGUCUUUGAAACCUCUCUGUCACAGGCAUUGGUUGGUGGACGAACUGGCGGCGGGGAUGGUUUAAGUACCAACAAAUUAAACAAAGUCACGCAACUCACAGGUUUCUCAGAUCCUGUUUAUGCUGAAGCCUAUGUUCACGUUAACCAAUACGAUAUUGUAUUGGAUGUUUUAAUUGUAAAUCAAACUAAUGACACUUUGCAAAAUUGCACAUUAGAAUUAGCAACACUGGGUGAUUUAAAGUUGGUAGAGAAACCACAACCUGUAGUGUUGGCACCUAAAGAUUUUUGCAAUAUUAAAGCAAAUGUUAAGGUUGCAUCUACAGAAAAUGGUAUAAUUUUUGGUAACAUUGUAUACGACAUCACUGGAGCCGCCUCAGAUAGAAAUGUUGUAGUCUUAAAUGACAUACAUAUUGACAUUAUGGACUAUAUAGUGCCAGCCAACUGUAACGAUACUGAAUUUAUGCGAAUGUGGGCUGAAUUUGAAUGGGAAAACAAGGUUACCGUGAAUACUCAGCUAACAGACCUAAACGAAUACCUAAAACACCUAAUUAAAAGCACAAACAUGAAAUGUUUGACUCCGGAAAAAGCAUUAUCUGGUCAGUGUGGAUUCAUGGCUGCCAAUAUGUAUGCAAAAUCUAUUUUUGGAGAAGAUGCUUUGGCUAAUUUGAGUAUUGAGAAGCCGUUUAACAAGCCAGAUGCUCCUGUUCAGGGACAUAUUAGGAUAAGAGCCAAAAGUCAAGGUAUGGCGUUAAGCUUGGGAGACAAAAUCAACAGCAGCCAAAAGGCUCAACAACAAAACAAAGUUGUUGCUGCAUAAAACCAGAUACAGUUGAUGUAUUUUUAUAGUAUUUAAUUUUUUUUUAUUAUUAAAGUAGCAUUCUUGUUGUUAUUGUAUUAUAUUCUCUUAUUCGUUUCAAACAAUAUUAUAUUAUUAUAAGUGUCGAAAGAAUGCAAGGCGCCUGUAAAUAAAAAAUAAUUGCUGAGAA